AUGCAGCCCUUCAGCAUCCCCGUUCAAAUUACACUCCAGGGCAGCCGGAGGUGCCAGGGGAGGACAGCCUUUCCUACCUCGGUGAAGAAGAGAUAUAAAGACUAUAAGGACGGAGACCCACCAGAGGUGCACAGGAAGCUGCCCUCCAGUGCUGGAGAGGACAGAGCCAUGUUGCUAGGGUAUGCAAUGAUGGGCUUCUCCAUCCUAAUGUUCUUCUUGCUUGGAAUAACCAUCCUAAAGCCUUUCAUGCUCAGCACUCAGCGCAAAGAGUCGAACUGCACUACCAUCCACACGCACAUCAUGGAGGACUGGUUGGACUGUGCUUUCAGCUGUGGCAUGGACUGCCAAGGCCAGGGGAAGUACCCAUGUCUUCAGGUGUUUGUGAACCUUACCCAUUCAGGUCAGAAAGCUCUGCUGCAUUAUAAUGAAGAGGCUGUUCAGAUCAAUUCCAAGUGUUUUUAUACACCUAAGUGCCAUCGAGAUAGGAACCAUUUGCUCAACAGUGCCAUGGACAUAAAGGAAUUCUUCGAUCACAAAAAUGGAACCCCGUUUUCAUGUUUCUACUAUCCAGAUGGACAAUCUGAAGAUGUCAUUCUUAUAAAAAAGUACAACCACAUGGUUGUCUUCCAUUGUUUAUUCUGGCCCUCACUGACUUUGCUAGGUGGUGCCCUGAUUGUUGGCAUGGUGAGACUGACACAGUGCCUGUCCCUACAGUGUGGAAAAUACAGCACUUCAGUCAGAGAUCAGGCAAGUGGCAGAGUACACUCUAUAGGACAGCAGCAAAUCCAAUUGUGGAGUUUGGGGAGGAGCAAAGGAAGGAGCAGAGAGAUGUUAAGACAGUGGCCAAAGUAAAGCGCUGGCCUCACACAGUGAAAUUUCUGCAGUUGAAGACCUAAGUAUGGUUGCCUGCCAAUUAGUCUAACCACCCAAAGUUACACAUUGCAUUUUUAUGUGGGAAACAUUUUUUUAAAAGCUUCAUUGUGUAAUUUAUUCAUUCUGUAAAUAUGUACAGACUCACCUCCUUUCUACUCCAAACCUCCUUCCACAUAAGAGCCAAGGAAGCAUACAGGGCAAAAUGAGUUCAAGGUAGCUAUUCUUAGUAUCUAAGUUUAGCCC